GACAGCUCGAGAGACAGCUCGAAGCAGCGGAAAUGGCCGCAAGCAUGUCGACGGUGGCGAAAAGGGGCAUGAAGACCAUGGGUGAGGCGUUUGCUGCCUUUGGCGAGGGUGUGGGUGUGCGCAUUGGUGGAGAGGGUGAAGGCGUAUGCUGCGAGGCACCUGGGCUCGUCGGCGCAGUGGUGACCCAGAUCGACAACGCAGACUUUUUCUCAUCGGCAGUUUGGCCUGAUCCGAGUCGACCUCUGCCACAACGUGGCUCAGAGUCCGAGUCAGGGUGCGAGCCGGCGCUGAUCUGGAUCUGGGCGCCGUCGCAAGAGGCCGAGAUCGAAUGUGGUGUGAUCGCUGUUGGGCGGAUCGAACUGGUCGAGUACGCCAUGCCGUGCAUGGCUCUGGAUCUUCACAAAGCUGGCGCAUUGGCUGGGCUGGAGGCUUGGACAUCGGAUGAUGUGAAGGUGACAAGGCCGAGCAUGGCCGAGGUUGGCACGCUCUGCGCAACAGCUUACGACGAUCCGGCGUUUGAAGCCGUCCUCGCAGCGAUGCCGGCCGAGACCGCGGCGACCGCAUUUGGCGUGGUGCGGGAGGGAGCAUUUGUGAGCGUGAUGGUGACGGUUGCUCACGAUGGCGACGUCGGCAUCUACUGCAUGGCAACUGCGGCAGAAUGGCGGCGGCGUGGGCUGGCGAGGGCGAUGCUCGCGUCGGUGCUGGUGGAGGCAGCUGGCGCCGGAGCCGAGACGGCGUCGCUGCAGAGCUCGCCCGACGGCGCGGGCCUCUACUCCUCGCUUGGAUUUGUAGACGCUGGCGUGGCGCGGUGCUUUGCGCGGGCAUAACUUCUGUUUAUGCAGCCCAGAGCGAUGCUGGCGUCAACCAGGCUGAUCGACACGAGGAGCCGGUCGAGCGGCCCGACAAAGUCGAGCUUCGACUUUAUCUUACCGGUCGGGGAGGUAUCGUGGGUGCUGCGUUGACGGCGUCGAGCUGGCGUGAUGUGAGCGCGAGAGUCGUCUACGCCGCGACAAAGUCCGUGGCAACACCCUUGCACCCCUCAUGUGUGCUAUCUGAUAUGCUUGCCGACAAGCUUGGGGAUGCGACCAGACCCGACGCCAACCCGUCGGCGUUGGCGUGAAAGCGAGGUGUGUGUGUGCGAGGCGUCGUUGAUCCGCACUCGAGCGAGCACCCACCUUCUCCAGAGGGCCUUCAAUGGACGCCCGACGCGCGAUGCCAUGUCGUGCUCCCCAAGCCGAGCCUGGAUGGCGCGGUCAAGGAGUUGAGGACAAGCUGGAAAGGUCCAGCAAGCGGCCACCGACGCGAUGAGUGGUAGUCUAGCGCGAAUCAAUCUGCUCACAUCUGCGCCCCACACCCACUUUACCGGCACCGCCAGCCCAUACGACCAUGACAGGAUCGGCGCCGUUGCGUCGAUGAGAACCCAAGCUUGGCUGCGUCCCCUCCCCUCAGAGGGCCUCGAAAUGAUCGUAGGUCAUGCAACGGCGCCGGGCAACUCGGGCACACCCGACUGGGCCCAGCGUUGGCUGCAGCAGCGACUUGAGUGCAGCAUUGCAGCGGAUCUCUCACGCAAACACCCACACUCGAACGAGC